UGCAAGACAAUUUUCUGUCUUCUUUAAAAAUAGCACAAAUAUGCCGAGGAAUCCGUGGACAGAGAAGUGCAGUUGGUCGACUUCGCGUUACACUUUGAGGUCAUCGAAAUAAAGAAGAAAAAGGUGUUGACGGCAACGAUCGACUUGUCUGUAAACGAACGGAUAAAUAAAUAAUCCGUUUUGUUGUAAUCUCGAACAAAUUACUUAGAUGAGAAAGAGAAUAGGAAAUAUUUGUUAACCGAGACGCAUACAUAGACAUACCGAUCGGCGAUUAACCCGUUUGCCAGUUCUCGUAGGUAUAUCGCGCAUUCUUGCGCGUACAACACACCUUCAGCUUUCGAAGCACGAAUUCGCGAAAUUGUCGUGUAGAUGUGAUUCACGAAUCGCAAGAAAAUUCAAAUCCCGAACAAAAAGCGCGUUGCAAAUGGAAUAACAAUCAGUUGAAUAAAAAUUUAUUCACAAGCUGCGAGAGGUCACACCAAAGACACAAGUUGCUUCUACGCGCGCAAAAACAAUUGUGAAUUUUAAUGAUUACUGACAAAAUUUGUAUUUCUCACACAAGUGUUUCGUACGUAAAAGAUUGUUCACACGUCGUCGAGAAUGUUUUCCCGUUUAUUUUUGUUCUCGUUACAAUUGUUGAAACCUCCGACGCUGUUCUUUUCCUUCGUCCGACAAAGAUCUGCUUAAAAAUUCUUUUUCCGAAACGACGAUUCGCUUGGUAUCUUCGAGUGAAGGAUGCAGCUCGUGUCACACAUACGCACCUUCUGUUGAAAGAGGCGAGCAGAAAGAAGACUACUUUUAAGUUAUACCCUCGCGAGCAACAGACGUUUGAUAACAUCAAACCCGGAAGUAAAUCUUUGUGCGUGCGACGAGAGUCUUACAUAGAGAUUCAACCGAGGGAAACCAACUUGCACAGCAAAAACAUGCAACAAGUGCAAUCUUACGUGACAUCGUAUUCGUCGAAACAUCAACGAUACGAAGAAGAGAAUGAUAGUAGGAAAGAAUUUCUUUUUCUUUGAAUAUAAUUAAAAUCUUGAAAGAGAAAUUAAAGCCAAUGUGUAUGUGUGUGUGUGUGCGCGCGCGACUAAUAAAUAUUGAACGGACUCGAGAGUAUAAAAAAUAUUGAUUGAUACGUCGUAAUUAUUAGAACAACACGUUAAAAGUCGAUUGUAACAUAUGUUAUA